CCGACAGUACGCGUGCUUUGGCGGAUCCGAGAGCUCGGCGAGAUUUUGUCGUCGCGAGAACGGCUACUGGCACCGGUGCCUGGGAGAGGGCUGGGAGUGAAGUCAGUGAAGUGUUGCCCUACGUUUAACGUUGCAUCUUCUCUUUCUUUCUCUCUCGACGGUCACGCAUGCGGAAACUCCUCGGCCCGGCAAAAGAUUAAUUAAACGUGGGAAAUGAUCGCGAUGCGAGGCGCCCUGAUGGGUAUCUUCCUUCGAUGCAACGAAGUCGCUGCUCGAUGUUCGGGGAAAAUCGUAAGUCGCUACUAUCAGACCGGUGGUGCGAAACCCGAAUUAACAUCGAUCAGGUACAAAAUGCGACGCGGACCCUACGCCACGAUCACGAACGCGGACGUUCGCUUCUUUGAGUCGUUGCUCGGCUCCAAUCGCCUCAUCACGGACCCGGAUGAAUGUGAGAGCUACAACAUCGACUUUCCAAGGACCGUCAGGGGUGCCAGUCGGUUGGUGUUGAAACCGAAAUCCACCGAGGAAGUAUCAGCUUGCUUAAAAUAUUGCAACGAAAAGCGAUUAGCAGUUUGCCCGCAAAGCGGUAACACCGGUCUCGUCUCAGGAAGCAACCCAGUAUUUGAUGAAAUCGUCAUUUCGAUGAAGCUCAUGAAUAAAAUUCUGGAUACGAAUGAAUUGGCGGGUGUACUGACAUGCGAGGCUGGCUGCGUUUUACAGGACCUGGAAAAUCACUUGGCUACCGUCGGUCUUAUGAUGCCUUUGGAUCUGGGUGCUAAAGGUAGCUGCUUGAUUGGCGGUUGCGUGUCCACUAAUGCAGGUGGAGUAAGACUUUUGCGUUACGGCAAUCUUCACGGAAACGUCUUGGGAAUCGAAGCCGUGAAGGCAAACGGCGAUGUCGUGGACGCACUGAAUGUUUUAAAGAAGAAUAAUACCGGCUAUCAUUUGAAACAUCUAUUUAUCGGGUCGGAAGGCACGUUAGGAAUUGUAACCAAAGUAGCUAUUCAGUGUCCACCGUUGCCAAAGGCCGUGAAUGUCGCAUUUCUAGGAUUGGCGAGCUUUGAUAAGGUGAUGAAAACAUAUCAUUUAGCGAGACGCGAACUAGGCGAAAUUCUUUCUUCCUGCGAAAUGAUGGACCGACUAUCUCUGGAUGUCUCCAUCAACAACCUAGGCAUGAAGAAUCCGUUGACGAGCCGCAAAGAUGGUCACGAGUUUUAUAUGCUUAUUGAAACCUCCGGUAGCCAUCUGGCCCAUGACGAAGAGAAACUAUCCUCGUUUGUCGAAAAAGCGAUUAGUAAUGAUUUCAUCGAAGAUGGCACUUUGACUAACGAAACAACAAAAGUGGAAAAUAUUUGGAGUCUUCGAGAAAGAAUCAGUGAGGGUGUCUUACGUGACGGAUAUGUCUUCAAAUACGACAUCUCUCUACCUUUCUCAUCAUUUUAUGAGGUCGUCAAGGUACUUCGCAAGCGAAUAUCCGAUCCGCGUGUUGUUAGGAUCAGCGGUUACGGUCAUUUAGGCGACGGAAACAUCCACGUACAAAUCUCCAUACCGGAAUACUACGAGGACGUGGCCGCACAAUUAGAACCUUUUAUCUUUGAAUACGUGUCACAGUGCCAGGGUAGCAUCAGUGCCGAACACGGCAUCGGUUUCAAAAAGACCAAAUAUCUUCACCUGAGCAAAAGUUCUUCUGAGAUCGAGAUGAUGUACGGUCUGAAGAAAAUGAUGGAUCCGAAUGGCAUCCUAAAUCCAUAUAAAGUUUUAGCAGAGAAGUCAUGAUUAUCGUGAAAAUAAUCGUAAACAAAAACGGUGUGUAAAUGUUCAAUGUGCCAUUUAAACAAAAUCGAUAGAAGAUCAAGUAAAGUCGCGCGAUUAUCUAAAUAAUUAUCAUCAUGGGAUGCUUAAGAAAAUGCUUAAGAAAAUAUAGUAUUUGUAUUGUGUGCUAUUAAUACAAUAGUACUUGGCGUUACAUGUGCGCUGACUUCACAUACGAGGUUCUGCAUACUUUUUUUUUGGCUGUUUUCCAUCUGCCAAUAAAAGCAGAUAAAACGAAUCGGUGACUAAUACAUCUCGAAAUAGAUGAGUAGCAUAUAAUAGGUAGCAUAGUAGGUAACAGCUAGAAGAAAUAUCAAAACAAUAUGUUCUCGCAAAAGUAGAAUGUUUUAGAUACUUAUAUCUAUCAUUAUCUAAUUUUGAAAUAUAGCGAUGUGAUAUAAAUGUGUACCUGAUAUGUGUGAUAAGAAGAGAAUGUAACUAUAUGAAGCGGGUAAUAGUUAACAGGAAUCUCUGAAUAUCAAAGAAAUGCAAAGGUAUUUCUUCUGUUGCAUACAUGCACGCUUGCCUGUAUUUAAUCCAGCCAUGAAACAUUUAUACUAUAGAAUUUUAUCUAGAAAAAAAAAUCAUGAAUGAAAUAAACUUUCAAUAACGAUUUUAUUUUUAGAAUUAG